CCCUCCACAUCCCGGAAGUUUUGAAUCCCGUAGCUGAGAGUUGUGAGUGGUGUCCGUGCUCUAUGGUUGGAUUUAAGAGUUGGGAGACAAAAACUAUCCAGUUUACCUCCACAGCAGUGAACCGGGCUGAAGCUCUCUCCUCUCCCGCCCGCUGAGCAGAUGUCCGGUUUCGACCUCGUCCCGGUGGACGGCGGGGAUCCCGUCCACCUGCCGCCCGGGGAGACGGUGCUGGGCAGGGGGCCGUUACUGGGAAUCACUGAUAAGAGAGUGUCCAGACUUCACGGGCUGCUGGAGAACCUGGACGGACAGCUGUGUCUCAAACCGACCCACCUGAACCCGUGCUUUGUUCAGUCGUCCCUGACCGACGAGCCUCAGCCUCUGCAGAGAGAUACCUGGUACCCUCUUCAUCAUGGAGACUUGUUCUCUCUGCUGCCGGGCCGCUUCAUCUACAAAGUGGUGGCCGUGGGUGAAGAGGACCGCACUCCCAGAAACAGUCAGAUGUUUGAAGAAGAAAAAGAAGAACUCCCAGUUUCUCCAAAGCCAGAUGUACAACAACCUCUUCCUCCUCCUUCUCCUCCUCCUUCACCUCCUCCUGUCGGACAGACUCCACCUCAUGAGGAGCCGACACCAGCAGCUCCGUCGGACCAGGAGGAGGCCGACGACACAAGUUCAAACAAGGGAGACUCUGCACAACCAAAAGAAGAAGACGACGACAAUGACCAGAGAGACAUCACUCCGCCUGUAACCAAGAAAAGAGUUUUACCUGCGUGGAUGAUGGCAGCUGCAGCAGCUGCACAGAGUCCGUCCUCCUCCCCCAGUCUCAAAGUUCAGACAGCUGCGAAGAGAAGUAGAGGAGCUGCAGCGUCGACCAGCACUAAAGGAGCGGCAGCCAAAAAGGCCGCGCCCACCAAGACCUCCUCAUCUGAGGGGGCGGAGCUCAGCGAGGAGGAGAUGCCGAAGAAGAGGAGAAGGAAGAUCAGUGAUGAUGAAGAAGAAGAAGAAGCAGCUCAGUCUAAAACAGACGUUCCUUCACAGCGGCCCUCCGUCCAGCGGCAGAGGGAAUCCAAGAGGCCUGAGGUGAGCGACGAGUCUGACGGCUUCACCGUGGACGUGGACGAGGAGGGAACAGGAGGAGAGACAUCUACAGCUGACCUUAACACCACGAAAAAUGGACGACAGCAGACUAAACAAGGACAGUCCGUCAGCAGCUCUGCGUCUAAACCUCAGCUCAGAACGCCGUGUCCAUACGGGAAGGACUGCUACAGGAAGAACCCACUCCAUUUCCAGGAGUGCAGUCACCCCGGUGACACUGACUAUGAGGAGGAGGAGGAGGAGCAGGAGGAGACCGAGGAGGCAGACCGACCUGAGUGCCCCUACGGCACCGACUGCUACAGGAAAAACCCUCUUCACAGGAAAGAAUACAAACACACAAAGAAACCAGCUCGCACUACACGAACCGCCCCCAAAAAGACGCCUGCUGAUGAUGAAGACGAAGACGAGGACUUUGGGGACGACGACAGCUUCAUUAAUGAUGACAGCGAGGAUUUGGGCGAUGACUCAGACUACGUCCCUCCUGGCUCAGACGACAGCGGUAAGGAGGACAUCAAAGGACUACAGAAGGAAGCGAAGGCCUUUGUGAAGAGGAGGAAGUAGAUACAGACCUCCUUUCUCUUCUUCUUUUUGUUGUCUGUUUUAAAGCUGCACCAAACAGAGACAAACUAGUUUUAAUUAGCCUACAUCAGCUGCAGCAGCUGAGGCCUUGGCACAUUCCUGUGCAGGUGGAAAGAGUCCAAACACACGGAGGAUGUUUUUUUGAUCAGAUUUCAUUGAACCCUGCCGUGCUGCUUAUCAAACUACAAUCAUAUUUUCAUACUAAGUGUCCAGUGGACAGUCUUUACAGGUCCAACCUGACCGGAAGCUGUCCAUGAAACCAAAUCUUCCUCCUAAAAUCUUUCAGGUGUCAGCACCCUGUAUUAUCCUGUAUUCUGUGCUGAACAUCAGCACUUAAAGGGAUAGGUCGUAUUUUAAAGUGGAGUUGUAUGAGGUACUUAUCCAUAGCCAGUGUAUUACCAGUUUGGACAGGUGGCAGGAUCGCCUCCACAGAAGCGAAGCAAUGUACUGCUGUGGACGGGGGCAGCAGCAAAACGUAUUUUAGCCACCAAAAAAAAAUCGAUAUCAUUUUAAAUGUGUGCUAUAGUGAGAAUGUUUUCACAACUUAAGCUUGGUGUCAGACAGCCUUCGACAAACCAGUCAUUUUACCUUGCAGAACACAAGAGCUGUUGCCAGUUUGUUUGUGUGAUUGUGUGACUUUAAUGUUUAAAAGUGUUAGUUUGGAUUCACCAAAAUCACACAAAAGCUCCCGUGUUCAGUUAAAAUUACUGGUUUUGUCAAUGGAGCUUUGAAGGGAGCAGUUAGACGCUGAGUUCCCCAUCAGCAAGGUGAAGCGGUGAAAAUAUUCCAGUAUAUUGUAGUGUAGGUCCAGCAGACUUCACUACAAGCGGAUUGACUGUAGAAACAGGUGACAUCCUUUACAUGCUAAAACCAGCCAUCGGCAAUUUGACCAGCUGAGUUGCAGGUGACACCGUCAGACUCAAGCCGGUGAAUGUGAGUGUGAAUGGUUGUCUGUCUCUAUGUGUCAGCCCUGUGAUAGUCUGGUGACCUGUCCAGAGUGAACCCCGCCUCUCACCCAAUGUCAGCUGGGAUAGGCUCCAGCCCCUGCGGCCCCUAACAGGAUAAGCAGUUAUGGAAAACGAAUGAAUGAAUCUCCACACUCCAUCAGUACGAGCUGUUGAUGUAAAAACUACUGAACUGUCGUUGAGCUGCCCUCAGGUGUGUUCGUAUUUUCAACAGAACUUUUGGAGCAUUGAAAGCCGUAAAUGGGAGCUUCUCAAGAGACUCUAGCUCCCAAUACUUUCAGCACUGUGGCGCUUUUUUAAAUCAACAGAUCUGUGUCGCCUCUCGUCCGUCUGCUUACGUCACAUUCAAAGAAUUCUGAGUUCAUUUUCUUUGUGCUUGCAGCUGACAACGUGCAAAAGCUGUCAGGUGUCUUCACAGGUGUCGUCAUGGCAACGUUAAACACUACAGUGGACCGCAGUAACUUAGGCUGAUUAGGGAAAAUGUGUUUUUGUAUGAGAGGCAUGCCUCAGUCAUCUUGAAAUGCAAAUUCAGAUUAAGAGAUGUUCCCACAACAUCAGCUGCAGCGGCUGUUUGCAGAAGGCACACAAAGGAGUUGACAAACCUGAGAACACUGACAGUGUCUCUGAACAGAUCAUUUUCAGUUGUAUUUUAUAAGAUUUUUUUCAUUCAGAUUUUGUUUCAGAUGAAGCUCCACCUGUGUCUGUUCAGGAUCGAUUCUGCUCAUGUAAAUAUGUGUAACUGAGGAGUUCAGGGGCAGAUUUGUUAUAAUUGUUCCUCUGAUUUGUUCUGACUGUUUUUCUUAUGUUGUUUAAAUACAUCCAAUGGAAACAAAGUCUGUCCUCUA